AAGCUUAAAGAAAAGAAAUCAUUCAACAAAGUGAGUUUAUCACGGACAUUUUCAUCAGCAUCAUCCGACAGUGAUUACGAAGACGAUUGUUUUUAUCUGAUUCGAAAAUCACAAGGAGAUUAUAGAGAUGAACCAUUCUAUUACGAUGGUAUUUCUGAUGAAGAACUUCAUCAUCGUUUAAACAUAGAGUUUGAGGAAAAGGUUAAUUGGGAAAGAUAUGAUAUUGGUUUUUGCAAGGAAGACAUUAAUUUUGUUCCAAAGAAAUAUAUCGAACUUAAACCAUGGAGUGUGCUCGACUCAAUGAUUAAAAUUUUUGAAAGGCAAAAAUCGUUUGAUAAAAAGCAUAAAUAGUUGUUAACACCAAAUCAACAUAAAUUCAGUUGUGUUCUUCAUGGUUAACCGUACAGUAAAUAUUUUCAUGAAAGAGAUUAUUACUAGCCCUUCGGGGCUGCUUUUAUGUCGCUCCAAACAGUUUUUUAUCAUUAUGAUACAAAACUUUUUAUUCUUUUCUAGUAAAUUAGGGUCGAUGUAAAACUUUUCUCAAUUUUAAGAGUUAAAUUUGGAUUGGAAUAGGACAAAGCAAAAGAUUAUUUCAUACAUAGGUUUGUAUUUGAAGCAAUAAAAGGUGUUAUCCCCGAUGGUUUUGAGAUAAAAGAUACAAAUUAAUGCUGUUAAAAAUGACAACAGACUAAGUAAUCUUGAAUUAGUCACUCACAAAACAAAAUAUUGAAUUAGCUCUAAACUAGGAGUAAUUGGAGCUUAGGAGAGUGCGUUCGAUAUGUUUGCUAGGCGUACAGGUAGCAGUUUAGGGGAAAGGGUGGAUGGUUCUGGUGCGAUAGAUAACUAUGAUUAUGGGAUAUUUUGAACGUAAGGGUUGCGUACAGCGAAACCUCGAUUUAAACUGUUUAUGAUAAUGAAAAGGUUUUGAAGGCUAGUAAACAGCGUGAUAUCGUAUGGUUCGUCUGAAGUGUUUGCCUGAUUUGAGAAGACACUGGCCAGAGUGCUUCGGGCGUGUAAAAAGAACUUUUUGUUUUACUGGCACAAUAGAUGUUCUACAGGGCGCAGUUGUUCGGAGGCCAAUCAGCGCUUAACCUGGGUUUCUUUUCUUUUGUUCUGUUUUGCUAGCUAUUAAAGAGGAAUGGUUUUGUGCACUUGAUAAAAAAAGACUCUUAAGAAAAAAAUAAAUGUAGGAAAUUGGUUUUUAGCAGGGCUGUCUACCAUAUCAAACUGUCUUUGGUUGAGAGCUGAAAUUCAUGUCUCUCAUCUGGGAGAACAAUGCAAUAUUUUCCCCCCACUGCUUUACUCUUCGAAAGCGUCCGUAACCCUGAAGAAGACCACAACUUAAAGCCUUUAAAAACAAACAUCUUGCUCGAUGAUGCCUUUGAUUUUUAAAUCAGUAUUGCAAUAUCGGGGGAAAUCGUCCCUGGCCACUUUCUUGUCACGCUGAUCAGACUCGCAUUUCUGUUCACCAAUUCAAUGUCGCACCUCAGCAGUGCUUAUCUUACUGUGGUCUGGACAGUUGUCGGUAUAAGAUUUGGGACACGUAGAUAUAUUUUUUAGCAACUAAUAUAAUUUGCAGUCUGUCUACUUUGAAUUGAAUAACUUUCGCAUUGGGGGCGCGUGCCAUGCCGCUUAAAAAGGUUAUUCUGAUGCGCAAAUUCGAGCUCCGGGUCGCUGGAAAUCAAAGGCAAUUAAAGUUUGUUUGAAGUCGGAAGUUCUCCACGCUAAUUUUAAAAUUGAUUUGCCCACGUGUUGAAAGUACAUCAGGCAAUUCGGCUGCUACUUGGUGGGCUUAAAAAACCAUUUUUAGGUCAAGAUAAGGUACUCACAUGAUAACUCGCUAGGUCAGGCUAGCUGUACCAGGUACUGCAAAUAUAGAAAAUGGGGUUAGAGGGCGGUGUCAUGGUUAAGUAAGUAUAUUCAGCAUAUUGUGGUAUUUAGCCAAUAAUUCUCCCUUCUCUCCCUCGUCAUCAACUCGGUCAGAUCUCGAGCAAAAUAUUUCAAUCCUCCUCCCCUUUCACCUGCCUGCGGGUUUUUUAUUAUUGUUAAAGGUAUUUUAUAUUUCUUCUUUUUUUCAUUUUCCUAUUCAGCUGUGUACGACACAGAUUUUAUCAACUUGCUGUUCGAUCGUUUUCCGUCAUGCUGAUCAUGGAAAAGAAAUUGUUCACCUUAAUCUUGCUAAUCAUCGGCUGCCCUUCAGUUUGCUGGACUAGUCAAGGGGGUUUUAGGAUCUGCUUUAAAGAAACUGAACGCAGCUCUCAGUGUCAGGGACCGUCGUACACGUGCAGUGGCUGGAGCAACAGUCCUGCAUGGUCUGAAUCAUUUCGAGACGACACCGACAAUAGAGGUGGAGGCUGCUACUACCAAUGGAGAAUUGAAGCACAGGGGACGAUCGACCCGGAGAUGGAGUACCGUCUCUGCUUUAGGGAGACAGAAGGGAGCUCACAGUGCCAAGGAACCAGGAAUUCGUGCACUGGUUGGACCCCCAGUCCGUCCUAGACCGACCGCUUCCGAGAUGACACCGACAACAGAGGCGGGGGAUGUCGUUACGCUUGGAAGAUCGAGUCACGUUCUCCUCCGCCGAGGGAGCCCAUUCAGGUGUGUCGCGUAUGCUUUAAGGAAGUCGAGGGCAGCUCUCAGUGUCAAGGAAAUCGUCAAAGUUGCAGUGGAUGGAGUGCUCCAGGCAUGGAUCCCUCGUGGACCUCGCCUUUCCGUGAUGAUACCGACAACCGUUGCGGAGGUUGCAUUUACCAAUGGUUUCUCGAUUGUACUUCGAUCACAAUUUCUGGAUCCUGUCCAGGAGAUCACCCAUGUGAUUGAAUUCCUACAAGAAACAACUUUCUUUUCGUCGACAUCUGCAAAGGCCUGUGUGACCGAUAUUUUUCGUACCACGGUCUGA